AUGACUGCUUCUUCCCCUGACAAGGACAACAAGAUGAUCUUGCACUACGUGCUUCCUGGCUAUGCAGGUCUUGGUGGUCCGAUCCGCUUCAUGCUAGAUGAUGCUGGUGUCGAUUAUGAAUACGACAACAUUGGAUGGGAUGAAUUUACCUCCAAGGUCAAGUAUCAGUGGAUUGACUCGGGCUAUCCUUUCGACCAAACUCCCAUGAUCGAGUACAAUGGCAAACGUUACAGUGGCAAUAUGCCCAUCAUGCGUUUUCUUUCCAAGAAAUUAGCUAAGUAUGUGCCAGCCGAUGAAGACCUUGAACAAUUUGUGGAUUGCACUUUGGAUGCUGCCAUGGAUUGGUUUCGUGCUCGACAUGUGCAUAUCCACCGUGGGGAGGAAGCCAUUGAAGAGUACCAAAAAAAGCAUCUUGAUGUUUUCUUUUCACGCUUUGAACGCGUGUAUAAUUACCGUGAUGGUCCGUAUGCUGCCGGUGAAGAGCUUUCUUAUGCCGAUUUUUAUGUCUUCUUUGUCAUCAAUCUCCCUCUCCAUAGAGAGCACCUCAAUAACUACCCCAAGCUCGCCAAGUUUGCUGAAAUGAUGCAUGCACGCAAGUCGCUCCAGGCUGGUAUUGAAUACAUGAAAACUAUGCCAAAAGGAAGAAUGAGAUAA